AAGAAGAACAGUCGCCGGAAAUUAAAGAGGAGUGACAAGUCUCGCAUUUGUUUCCUCUCUCAACCUGCCAGACAACAAACCAGAGUAGACGAGACGGAGCAGGGGCCGCCAUGGAUCCAAACACCACCGUUUUACGAGUCAAAAGAAAAAGGGGGACCGACCCUGCAGACGCUUUGUUACUUGCGUGCAAACGGAUUAGGCCCGAAUCGUCCCAGAGCUCCGGAGAAACUGUACCGGAGCCCAGUGAAGCCGAGGUGGAGAACUCUGUCUUCAAACUCGUGGCGACCGUAGCGACACAGGAUGCUCCUGUGCAGACGCAGGUUCGGCAGGCUCUGGCCCGGCCUCGCAUGGCUCAUGCUCUGCGACCCCCUGCUGCCAGCUCACAGCGGAUCAUCGGGGACCUGAGGAACACAAAGUGGAGCACCCGGAGGGAGGAACGCUACAGAAUACUGUCCAGCCACCGCGCAGGACUGUCCAGGCCAGCUGAGCGGCAGAUCCCACAGACAGAUUCUUCCGAAGCUGGAGAAGAAAGCGAAAAAGCAACGGAUAAAUGGGGCGCUGGUGAAAUCCAGGUUGUGGAUCUCGUCCACGAGGAAGCAGAGGGCCAAGACAAACUUUGCAAGAUGCUUCCUUCAGACCCGGAAGUGAUUCUGUGCAACAACACCAAGAUGCUUCGGGAGCGUUUGAGCAUAUCUGGGGAGAAGUUGGGGGCGGAGCACCUGGAGCAGGACGACGACUACGUCUACGAUCUUUACUACCAGGAAACGGUCACACCAGGCUGGAUCCAGGACAUCCUGUCUGUCAGGGUCUACGCUGAUGAGGGAGAACUGGUUCCUGAUCUCGUCGUUCAUGAAGAGGAAAUUUACGAGGAUGAGGAUGAUGAGAAUGAAGAGCGUAACUGGAGAAAUGACUACCCUGAUGAGGAGAGUGAUGCAGACAGUGACAGAGAGGAGCGAUAUGGAGGUUACUGGGAGGAGGAGCACUCGUACAGCAGGAGGAGCUGGCAGCGCUACCAGAGGGAAGUGCUGCACGAGCUGGGCUGCAGCGGGGAAGACGACGACGCAGACAAAUCUGAUUCCGAUUAAUCUGUUCCUUUUUGCACCUGCUCAGUGGCCUGUCCACAAAUAACACCUCACUCUCAGAGCCUCUGUGUCGUUGAGAGCAGAUUUAAACUAAAACGCCGCUACAAUCAUAUAAACACACGCAUACAUACAGCAGUGGAGCAACUUGUGUAGCACUCAUCGUACUUUACACUCAAAAGAUGUGCCAAAGCUUUGCCAGGUGGUUCAUAAAGCUUCCUGAUGAGUCGGUUUCUUCACUAUACAGACGGUGAAGGAGUGGGUGUUAUUUCCAGAAGGAUCCAGAGUCUGUCUUGUAUAUGUUUUAUUUUGAAGCUGUGGUGGAGUGACUGGGUGUUUGAUCAAAGUGGAUGCGUGUUAGAAUCGUUGCACAUUAUUAGUGUGGUAUGCCUCGUACGCUUUAUGCUGUUAACUCCUUUUGUUUAGUGAGGUUUGUCAGGACACGUGUGCUUGCAGUUAGGACGUUUGCAUUUUGUGCAUGGUAGUGCUUACAAAUAACUGGUAGAUUUAUACUUUUUUUUUUUUUUUCUUAUUGCAUAAUGUGAAAGCGUGGUGUGUGUAUUUCUGUUGUGGGAUUGAGUUUGCUUCAGAAAUCCUCUGGAAGUUCAGAUUGUUUCUUGGAUGUUUGAUAAAUUUUAUUUUAUUUUUUUGUAAAUAUGUAGAUGUGUAAACAACGAACUUUCAAAUAAAU